AUGAAUAAUUAACAAACAAUUUCAAAUAACUCCAAGUAAGAACAAUAACCAGAAGAAGAAUCCUAUGAUGAAGAAGAUGAUGAAGACUUAUAAGAAUACACUUAAUCAACUAAUAUCAAAUAAUUGUUUAAUAGCUAAGGUAUUUCAAAAAAACUACAUAUAUUAGAUUCUUUCAUGCAACAAAUUAAUAUUUUGAAUGAAUAGGCUACUACAAAAAUUAAACAAUAAAAACACAAAGAGGCAUUGAAACUAUUAUAAUAAUCAGAAUAAAUGCUUGAAGUAUCAAUUAAAUUCAAUAUAUAAGUUUGCUGCUAGCUGUGGCAGAGUAAUUGAUAGGAACUUAAUUAUUAUUAUCUUGUAUAAUUAAGCUUGUGCAUAUCAAUGGUUAUUGUAUCUCUUAUUAUUUCAGUUAAUGGAUCUUAGAUAAAUGUUCCAAAUAUCUAGAUGGAGUUAUUUAUAACAUGGAAAUUGGUAUUAAAGAAGAUGAAUAAGAUCUGUAAACUCUUCCAAAUCUUUAAGAAAAAUAAGCUUAACUUAUUAAGAGAUAAACAUUUUUGGUUAAAGCUUAUUUACAAUAUACUGCUAUACUAAGUUAAUUAGGAAAGUAAUUUUUUAUUUAUACAUAGACAUAAGUAAGCAUUGAUUAAUUCACAAAAAGCAGCUUAAACUAUGAGAGAAUUGUUUAAAAUUGCCAAUAAUUUUUGUUAGUAAUGGUUAUAAAUAAAUGGUUCUUAAGGUACAGCUACGACAUCUUAAUCAAAUGUUUCAGUAAGGAGUAAGUUAUAUUUCUUAUAUUAUAUAGAUGAAUCUUCUCAUAAUAUUGAUAAAAAGAAAAACGGAUAAACUUAUUAAGUUAAAGACGAGAUUGAAUUUGGUAGGCUUGUAAUUGAUAGCGCUUAAGAUGUUUUAAAGGAUAUGAUUAAAUAAGAGGAUUUAGUCUCUAUUCGUCCAGAUAAAAAAUAGUUAUUAAAAGAAACAAAACGAUAAUUGUAUAAUUGGAGAAAUAACCCAGAAAACAAUGAAAAAUAAAUCAGAAAAGAGUUGAAAUUGGUCUCUUAGAAUGAAGAAUAUCGAUCUUUGUUAGGUAUUCAAAAUUUAGCUGAGUGGAUCAAAAACUUUAAUAUAGGUUCAAUUAUGCAUAUGGCUCCUCAAAUUUAUGAAGAAUUUACUUAAUUUGGAGAAAUGAUCUAUGAAUUAGCAAAACGAUAACUCUUAGAAAAAGUUAUAUAUCUUUCCAUUUCUUAUUUUACUAUUGCUACUGAAUUAAGAUUUGUUGAAUUAGAGAAGGCCAAAUAACAUGGUGUAAAAGAUGAUAAAUUAGAUACUGAAGAAUUUAAGUUAAGUGAAUUAUAUCAUCUUAAAUCUAUUGAAAUAGCAUGUAGAAAUAUUACAUAUUAAUCUCCAUACAUAUCUCAUCUUAUUACAAGCUAUCAUAAACAUUAUAAUAUUAAUCUAGAUGUUAUUCGAGAAGAAUCCUUAUAAUCAAGUGCUUCUGAAAAGAUAAUAGAAGAUUUAGAUCAAUCAAAAGUUAAAGGAAAGGUUUUAUAAAUAUAAAUUAAUAAAGAACUUACAAAUAAUAAAUUUGAAAAACAAGACUAAUCACCUAAGCUAACAGGAAAUUUCAUAAAAUCUUUUCUUAAUUCCAAAUCACCUCCAAAAUAAUCUUAAUAAUAAUCAGUAAAGAAUCUUAUUAGUGAAACUGUUAAAAUUUAAACAAAUCUAUUAGAAUAAAUGAUAAAUAAAAAAAGAGGUUCUGAUUCCUCUCCUUCUAAUCAAAGAAAUUCAACAAAAUAAUAAAAUUAAGCUGACUUUGAUUUUAGUAUCUAUUUAAAAAAAUAAUCUAAUCCUUGUAACAUAAGCAAUUAAAAUACUGAUACUACAUAAGAUGUAAUAAAUAGUAUUAUGACAAUUCAAUUAUAACCCUAUAAAAAUAACAAUAUCAAAUAUAAUCUAAAUAACAUGAUUAAAUAAUAAAGUCCUAAUAAUAAUAAUACUCAAUUGAAAACUUUGCUAUCUGAUGCUUGUAGAACAGAGAGAUAAGUGAUGACUGAAUAAUAAAAUUCUUAUACUCCUAUUAGUUAUAGAGUUAAUAAUCGAUCUCCUGAUUCAUCCUAUUUAAAUGCUUAAAAAUAACGUUAAUAAUAACUGCAUCAAAAUAAAACCCCAUAAAAUAGACCAAGAACUAACACUGAGUAACAAUAUCCAUAACCGUGUAUUUAUUAUUGAUUAUAUAGCUUAGCCUUUCCAUUAAAAUUGGAAACAAUUUAGCAGUUAUUAAGAAACAAAGCAAUUAAUAAUCCAAAAAUCAAAUGA